UUUCACUUUCAGUCUCUGCUGCACAAGUAGAGAUUCUCAGCCAGAGGUGGGCGGCUGCAGUCAGGAGGUGGUCACGGAAUCGGGGAAACUCCAGAAAACCAGCAGAGAACUAACAGCAGGGAUCACUGGAAAAACUGGCAUCACUGGAACCUCAGUGAAGAUGAAGAUUCAGUGGGUGAUUUGCUAAUGAGGAGAACAGGUGCACACAUUGAGUUGUUACCUUCUCCAUGGAAACAUAGAAGAGGAGAAGCCCAGCCAGGCCAUCCAGUCCAUGUCAUGUGCAAGGUAGUCCCAAACUGAACAAUAAAUUCAGAGAUGGAGAGUUCAAUUGGAAACCGUUGCUCUGUACUAUUUUCCAAUUCUGUUGAACUUAGGAGACUUGAUCAGCUACUAACAGACCUGGGGCUACAGGACUUUUAUCCCAACAAACUCUCCCUCAACAAUGUCUUGGAGCUCGGGAAGGAGCCGUUUAUGGGGAAUCGACCAAUCGCUCCUCAGGAGAUUCCCAGAUAUUUCCUGAGGAUGGUGAUGAAGGUUGAUACCAACGCUAGGGCCCUACCAAUUGGGACAAUCCUGGACUGUGCACAAGAGGACAGAAAGGCCACUGAUGGAUUGAAUUCUCCUCCAGGCAGUCUGAUGUCCCAAGAGAUAGCAUUUCACCCUUUAGAUGUCAUCACCGCUAUCUUUCUGUGUGCGGAUCCCUCCCUCCAACGAGAGCUGUUGAGUAAGAUGUCGAUGAGCCACUUUGCAUUACCACUUCUCCUGCCAGGUCUCGGAGAGUCCCCAAUGUUUCUUCUGGGGCCCUUAUGUUUCAUUGUGAAAAAGUACCACCCUCAGGCAAUGAAACUUGGACCUCGAGAGCAACACAUAACUAAUGCAAAGCUUCCAACCAUUGCGUUCCUUCGCCUGGGUCGCUGCUCCAUGUCUAAAUCCAAACUCUUAAAUGACAUUCUCAGUCAGUCUGAGCAACACCACAAUUUCUUCAUCCAUUCCAACAUGGAAUGUGCUGAUGUCCCCCGCAGGAUCUCAGAUGGGCUGAUUGAGGUGUGCUGGUACCUGCCCGGAGUGACAGAGGAGCUGAAAAGCUUCCCCAAAGCUCUGGCUGUGAUGAACCUGCGUGGAGAUGCUACACAGUUUCCCAAGCAUGUGAGCUACUUGACUGGAAUCUCAGCUGUUGUGUUUGUCUGUGUGGACAAUGUGGACAGUAAAAUAAAAAAAGUUCUGACUUCACUCAUCCAAUCUCCAAAGAAGCUCGUCAUGUUAGUCAAUCCCAACUCCACUGAUCUUGAAGUCACACAACUGAAUCUUAAGAAAUUGGUCAGAGAUAACUUAUUUUCCGAGAAGCGGAUUGUAUCCAAAUUCCAAAAAACCAAUGCAAUGUUCAUCCGAGAGCUUCGAGCUAAACUCCAAGACUCGCUGGGAAAGGAUGAUUAUCCAGAGAAGAGCUUGGAGGAGAUGGCCGAGGUGGCCAGAGACAUAGGAUUUGCAGUUAGUGAAGACAGAGGGGAGCUUUGUGAAGGUGAGCGACCACUCAGUGAUAAUGGUAAUUCAUUGCCAACUGAAAGUCUGGGAGAAUGUCCUAAUCAAAGAAUGACAAUACAUUCUCCCAGUCAAUGUUUGAAAAGCAGGUGUGAAAUUGGACAGAAACAGGUUGAAGAAAAAUCUAUAGUGAAUUAUUUUCAUAGUGAGAAGCCUUCCUCGUUCUCGUGUGUGCUGGACACAGAAAUGAGUGUGUCAUGUAAAGACAGUGUAUAUAACCAAUUACUAACAGUACUGGGAUUGCAGGAAUUCUUUCCCCGGAAGCUAACUGUGAACAAAAUGCUGCAGAUCAGAGCAGAACCACUGCCAGAUAGGUUACCCAGAGAUCCUGAGGAUAUUCCCUGGUACUUCUUCAUGAAACUAAUAAAUGCAAAUUUUAUGGCGAGAUCCAUAAAAUGUCAAUCAAUGGGAUCAACUGUGAGUGAUAAAAUUGGUGAUCUUUCUGAAGAGCCUACAAAAACCACGAGCUUUAACCCAUUAGAUGUCAUCACUGCAAUAUUCCUAUGUGCAGAUCCCUUCCUCAAACAGGAGCUGGUCAUGAAGAUGUCCACAUGUCAGUUUGCAGUACCUCUUCUGGUGCCUGGGACAGAGGGAAAGAUCCUGUUUCUCCUGAGGUCUAUGUGUUCUCUUGUAAAAAGAUGGUGUCCUCGUGAGUUACAAAAUCAAAAUAGAUUCAUAGAAACACAAGUGAUCUCUGCCAAUCUUCCAACCAUUGCAUUCAUUCGCCUGGGUCGCUGCUCCAGGUCUAAAUCCAAACUCUUAAAUGACAUUCUCAGUCACUCUCAGCAACACCACAAUUUCUUCAUCCAUUCCAACAUGGAAUGUGCUGAUGUCCCCCGCAGGGUCUCAGAUGGGCUGGUCGAGGCUUGCUGGUAUCUGCCCGGAGCAAUAGAGCACAUGGACAUCUUCCCCAAUGCUCUUACUGUGAUGAACCUGCGAGGAGAUGCGGCAACCUUUCCCACGCAAGUGAGCUUCUUAGCUAGUGUCUCAACUGCUGUAUUUGUCUGUGUGGAUAAUAUCACAGAAGUGGAAGCAAGUGCCUUGUCCAGAUUGUCCCUUAAUCCACAGAAACUAUAUCUGAUUGUGAAUCCUGAGAAAAAUCAAUUGGAGACCACAAAUCAGCAUUUGAAGAGAUUGUCCCAAGAAUGGGGAAUCACAAUGAACCAUAUUCUAUCAAGGAGGCAGACAAAUGAUUUCACCUUGUUGUUAAAUGUUCAGAAGGAAAUAAAUGCUAUAUUGAACGACAUCAAUAGACACUCAGAGAAACCAAAGAGUUUGGCUGAGAUGGCUUCCUGUGCUCGACAGGUUGGGUUGGAUGUAGAUGAAGAUGACAAUGAAUGUAAAGAAGGGAAAAGAAUCUCAGAAACUAUUCUUCCUCUCCUUCCAACAAAAGAGAUUGCAAAGUUCAAAAGAAACAAGAUGUAUUUUCAAGGCGAUAAGUGGAUACAAAUAUCCAAAAUAGAAAAGGAGAUUUGUUGCCUCAGAGACGUAGGACAAGACAGUGUGGCCACAUACACUGAUAAACUGAAGAAAAGAAUACGAGAAAUUCAGAAGAAAUUGUUACAGAAAGGGACAUCAGAAGUGGUGGGUAAGUUUAUUGAAAAAUUUGUUACAAGCUCUGGAGAUGGGAGGAAACAUUUCUUGUACUUGAUGAAAUAUGAGUUGGAUUAUAGGACACGGGAAAUUCUCUCUGAUUUGAAGGCAGAAUACAAGCAACUGUCGAAAAGAUUAGAGAAUCAACAAGUUCUGAAAGACUUUGAUACAAAGAUAGUAGGGAGCUCAUUAGGGCUGGAACACUUCCUACGUGAAAUCGGGCUUGUUUACGAAACAUUCAAGGCGUUGAGUGAAAUCUCCCCCAAUAUCUCAAAGCUUCCAGUGAUUGCUGCUGAGCUGCUGUUAGAUGGCUUCCCACUGGAGCUCAUAGAUGGAGAUGUUUGUGGUGUAGCUGUGGACUGGGUCACUGAGGUGUUCAAACAAGUGGAAAGGAUGAAGGGAGGAGAAUGUCGGGUCUUUGUGCUGACAGUGUUGGGAGUACAGAGCACUGGGAAGUCCACACUUCUCAACACCAUGUUUGGGUUGCAGUUUGCUGUAAGCAGUGGACGGUGCACACGAGGAGCUUUCAUCCAACUCAUUCCAAUUGUGGGAGAUUUGAAGACCAAACUUGGCUGUGAUUUCAUCCUGGUCAUUGACACAGAGGGCCUGAAACAACAAGUGUCUGAUAUUGGAGGCACCCAUGAACACGACAAUGAGCUGGCAACCUUAGUGAUUGGAAUGAGUGAUUUAACUUUAAUUAACAUGUCCACGGAGAGCGCCUCAGAAAUGGAGGAUGUGCUGCAAAUAGUGGUCCACUCGUUUAUCCGCAUGUCAGAAGUGGGCAAGAAACCCAUUUGCCAAUUUGUCCAUCAAAACACUGGGGACGUUUCUGCACAUGAACAGAACUUGAUUAAUCGAAAACGCUGGAACGACCACUUAGACAAGAUGACCUCGAUUGCAGCUAAGAUGGAGAAAGUAGAAGGUUCAUUCUCUAAAUUCUCUGAUAUUAUAGACUACAAUCCUGAUAAAGAUAACUGGUAUAUCCCAGGGCUGUGGCAUGGGAACCCCCCAAUGGCUGCAGUCAAUAUCGGGUAUAGCCAGAAGGUGGUGGAGUUGAAACAAUGUGUUUUGGAUCACUUCACGGCGAGAAAUGCGUCCACAGUCACUCAGUUUAUAAGAAACUUCACAAACCUGUGGAAUGCAGUGAAGCACGAAAAUUUCAUCUUCAGUUUCCGGAAUUGUCUUGAGGUUGAUGCUUACAAUGACCUUUCUGUCAAGUACAGUGAUCUGGAAUGGGAACUACGAAAAAUGGUCUAUGAUUUUAUGGACAAGGCUCAGAAGAGAAUCGAAACCGAAGAAAAGAAUCCUGAGAAUUUGUUGGCCGUGUUAAGGAAUGAGCUGCUGGAAGUGAUGGAAACAACGAAAGCCGAAGUUAUCAAAACAUUGGAAGAUUGGUUCAGCGCACAGAAUAAGAAAGCCCAUCUGAUUCAGGAUUACAAAGACCAGUUUAAGAUGAACAUUGACAUCUUAUGUAAUAAGCUUGAGGAGGAUUCACAUAAACAAUGGAAGAAUGAAGAGCAGAAACAAGAAGGUAGGAAGAAACUGCAAGCUAUCAAGGAUGAAUAUUUUCAAUCAGUUUUUUAUCAAGUCACUCAGCUCGUUCAGUCUUUGAAACAGAAAACAAAAGACCAGGAUGACAGUGAGCUGCUUGAGGCUUUUGAAACCAUGUGGACUGAGGCCAUUUCUUCACUGGAAAUCUAUCAACCAAAGGUAGCCAACAUUCCCUUGGACAUGGAAAUAAGUUUGAGGGAGAACAUGAAGACACAUGGAGGCAACUUACACAAGCAACUUAAAGACAAAUGUCUUGAUGAGCCAGUGUUGGGAAAGUUGGAGUUCAAAGUCAGUGAGAAGCAUAUUGAUGUGAAAUCUCUGCAUGACUGUGCACCUACGUUCAUUUCCAAAGAAUCCAAGAAGGAAUCAGAUCUCCCAAAAUAUUUGAAAGAAGCACAAAGACAGGCAGAUGAAAUGAUCUCCAAAAGCCAAGAUGAAAUGGAGAAGUUGAUACAACAAGAAAUGGAUUAUGAUCCCAAAUAUUGCCCAAAAAUUCUCCGAAGUUUGGACAAGAUUUUGAAACAUUCGGCUUCACCAAAGUUUCCAACAUUGAGUUUCACCAAAAUGUUUACGAUAGAUUUCAAAUGUCACAUUUGUCGCGUUGCAAUUCAGAGAUUCCAAGAGAUACACGAUUCUUUCCGAGAAAAAAAUGAUCCCUUACUUGUUUUCAAAGCAGAUAAGGAUUGCUACAAACAGUUCCUUAUAAAUCUGUACAAUGAGAAAGAUCAAAGUCAAUCCUGUGCUGAAUUAUACCUUGAUACCUGCAUCAAACCAGCACUGAUGGAAGAUCUUAAUCAGAAACUGGGACGGGCCAUUGUGGGUUAUAUUAAGAGCACGCAAAGGGCAGAAGAAUUCAAGUCUCGCAGGAACCUACAAGUGGGGAUAAUGUUGGAUUUGAAAAAGAAAAACUGCUUUGAUAACUAUUGUCAAUAUAUCGACAAUACCCACAAGUUUGAGAAGGAUUGGGUGGAAGAGCAACUCCUGAGGUACUGUGAAAACUCAGAGCAGGAAGCAACGCUCCUUCACAAUCUGGCUAUGGGUAUUCUGGAACCAGCUGUACAUUCAAUACAGAAAGCAAUCCGAGACAUUGAAACCCACAAAGAAUUGACAGCCUGGACCUUUCUGACUGAGUUCAGGAAAGCAAUGGAAGGAAUAAUUGUGUUACCUCAGGACACGUUCACCAAUCAGGACAUUGUGACAAACGCUCCAUGUUUUGUGGAUGAAUUGAAAGGUUUGGCCAAUGGUUUGAAAAAUGAUCUUUCAAAUACCAUUAAGGGAUGGAAUGUCAGAUCCAAAGUCUCAGAGCUUCCUGUAGCUCCAUGGAAGUUGCUGUAUGACAUGCUGUCUGGCUGUGGGGAGCAAUGUCCUUACUGUGGAGUUUUAUGUGAUUGCACCGACCACAAUCACGAGAAGCACUCGGCAAAUUAUCACUUGCCAGAGGGACUAAGGGGGUAUCGCUGGACCUUUGGGAAGACUCUUGUAACCAACAGUUGUUCAGAUACAUCCUAUAUUGCAUUGCGUUUAUACCGAGAAGAAGAUCCCUGGUGGAAAUCACAGUUAUCUAUUCGGGAUUCAUGGAACAUCCCCAAAAGCAGGGAUACUGGGGUGCCCCCCUACUGGAAAUGGGUCUUCUACACCCAUAACAAAAGUAUUGCAAAGAAAUACGGAGUGAAGCCAGCGACACGCAUUGAUGACUGGAACAUACCGUGGAGUGAAAUCAAAAAAGACAUUGAGGAAAAGUACAACGUGAGGAUCGAUGAGUUUCCAGCAUCACUUCAACCUCUGUAAGGUAUUGGUCCCUGAGAGGGUCAGGACCAGUGGAAUUGGUUUUCAUAGCUCUUUUAAAAGAGCUGGCACUGACACGACGGUUCGAAUGGCCUCCUUCUGCACUGUAUAAUUCUAUGAUUCUAUGAAUCAUUGCGGACCAUGGAGAAAACAUCACGUAACAACGAGGAACAGUGAUCUAUUACAGUUACAGCACAGGAGAACAGUCAAGCUUCUGGCUCAAGACACAACAGAGAUACCAACCGAGCCCGGCUGACACCUUGAUCUGAAGCAUUAAAUGCUUUGCGUUAUUUUGAUUUGAUGAACUCUAAACCAAACGUAAGAUUAUUAUGUUUAAGCAGCUCUGCAUUUUCCUCUUAUACCUGAAUUAAUCCAAUCAACAACGUCAAUUACAUUUCUACACUGCCUUUCCUAAGGGAUUUUGCCUUCUGUGGCAUCGCAUUCCCCGUUCCCCAAACUCGGUGUGUGAUGAUCUGUGAGAGGUUCUGAGGGGUUUCACAGAUAUCGAUAAUAUAGAAAACGCAGGUUUUUUCUUUCUAAGUCUGUGAUGAUUUGCUUCCACCCUCAGGGGGUUAACACCCAAACUAAAAUAUAACCAGCGCUUGUAAUAUUUAGCCCAAAGGGAAAAAUUGAAGGAUUCCUUAUAGUGUCUCGUGUAACAAUAU